CUCUCUACCCCUGAAACAACUCAGUUGCUUAGCAUUGAUUUCUGUAAGAACGGACGGGUCCGAGAUGACAAAAUCACGAGUAAGAAAGACCGGGAGUAGGAUACCGCAAGCCUUCUGUGUUUAAUGUUAAAGGGUUAAAGGAAAGUUGGGCUCAUACAAAACGGGGAGACUGCGGAUCAGACUUGAACAACUGGGCAGCGCGGUUUUCCCUCUCCCAACUUCCGAGAGCGGUUUGACCACGCUUUGAGCUAGUGCAUGGUAAUUGUUUCGUCUUAUCACUGACUGGAGGGAUCACUCGCAGAGAGGGGAAGCUAUAUUAUUUUAAAAUAAUAGGAAAGAAAGAACUUCGCUGAAGGCGAUCUUUCAGUAAAAGUAGCCUAAUGGUUGCGCGAUAUAAAUCCGAGAAAGAGGUUCCCUUUUUUUAUUUUCUAUCACUUUUUUUUGCAUAGUUUUUGGGGAUUGCUGGAAGCUGUAGCCCAUCUGAACCUGGAAGUGAAGAAUCCGCAUGGUGCUGCAACAGUGAAAGCUGAGAGUUCUACGGGAUUUCCUAACAGGUGAUACGUGAUGAUGGUGGAAUCGGCGAACGAGGCCGUCCGAACCGCCUCCUCCAAUCAGAACGGAGUCGGCGGCCCGGGCAGCCAAUCGGACGGUGGAGUGGGCGAGGGUGGGUCCAAGAGCGACGCCAAUGGAGAGACCGGCCCCCUGGAGCUGCUCCAGCUACAGCAGCAGCAGGCCCUUCAGGCUGCACGCCAUUUUCUCCUCCAGCAAGCCACUGGACUCAGCUCUCCCAGCAGCAAUGAAGUGAAGGUCCCUGUCUCCAUGGCAAUGAUGACCCACCAGUUGAUGGUGCCUCAGCUGCAGCAGAUUCUGGCCCCCCCACAGCUGCAGGCCCUCAUGCUACAGCAGGUGCAGGAAUACUAUAAGAAACAGCAGGAACAACUCCACCUUCAACUCUUAUCUCAGGGAGGAAAGCCGACAAAAGAGCAGUUGGGAGCUAGCUCUCCUCUGGCAUUCCAGCAACAGCUGAUCCAGAUGCAGCAGCAGCACUUUCUCAACCUGCACAGACAGCAGAGUCUGGGGCUGCACAACCUGCAACAAGCUGUUAGUCCAGCUGACUUGCAGAAGCUGUGGAAGGAUGUGGUCUCUGUGCAGAGUGCCGAAGAUGUGGUGAAGCACGAAGGCCUGGACCUGACCGCCAACAGCUCCAACUCUACCUCAUACUCCUCCAAGGCCUCCCUGCACGCAUCCCAUCAUGCAUUGCCAAAUGGACACAGUGCUGUGCACACCCAUAAGAGAGAUAGCCCUCCCCAUGAGGAGCAGACUGGAUCUAGCCCUCUGUACGGACAUGGCGAGUGCAGAUGGCCUGGGUGUGAAGCUCUCUGUGAAGAUCUGGGACAGUUCAUCAAGCAUCUGAACAGAGACCACGUCCUGGAUGACCGCAGCACGGCUCAGUGUCGGGUGCAGAUGCAGGUCGUGCAGCAGCUGGAGAUCCAGCUGUCUAAGGAGAGUGAGCGUCUGCAGGCCAUGAUGGCGCACCUGCACAUGCGCCCAUCGGAACCAAAGCAUUUUAAACAGCCCGUGAAUAUGGGCACCAGUGCCUCCUUGUUGAAGCGGGACAGCCAGAUGAUUCCAGAGGGAUUGCCCCACCCACCCACCUCAGCGGCCACGCCCAUCACCCCGCUGCGCCAAGGGCCGUCCGUCAUCAGCUCCACUGGCCUACAGGGCAUGGGCCCCGUUCGCCGCCGCAGCAACGACAAGCUGUGCACCCCCAUUGCCUCAGAGCUGGCUCAGAAUUGGGAAUUCUACAAAAACGCAGAUGUCAGACCCCCCUUCACGUACGCUUCGCUUAUUCGACACGCUAUACUGGAGGCGCCAGAUCGGCAGUUGACUCUGAACGAGAUCUACAUCUGGUUCACAAAGAUGUUUGCGUACUUCAGAAGGAACACGGCCACGUGGAAGAAUGCUGUUCGCCAUAACCUGAGUCUGCACAAGUGCUUCGUGAGGGUGGAGAACGUGAAGGGAGCCGUGUGGACCGUGGACGAGACUGAGUACCAGAAACGGAGACCGCCAAAGAUGUCCGGAAGCCCACUGGUGAAGAACGUGAUGUCUGGACUAGGUUUUGGAUCGCCCAGUGCCAGUUACAAGGCUGCCCUGAUGGAGAAUAGCCUUUCCCUCCUGCACAGCCCUACCCUGCUGCAGGCCUCGUCCCAGCCUGCCCUCAGCGCGCUGUACAUGGGGCAAGAUGAUGUCACCAGUACUGUGGAGCAGCUCCAUAGUAACGGCAGCAGCUGUAGCACUAGCCCCUCCCCCCAGCCUCUUGGGUGGCAGGGUGCAGUGAAGGAAGAUGCCACUGAGAUCAUGGAGGGGAUGAGGCCUGCGUCGCUCACGGCAACCAUUUCUCAGAACCUGCUGUUGCCUGGAGAUGAGGAAGAGCAAGAGGACGAGCCUCUGACGGAGGAGGCAGAUUAGAGACAAGGGGCCAGGGAGAAUUUUCUGUGGAACACCCUGUUUCCUCUCAGCAUAAAGGAAGGUAACAAAAACCAAGAAACAUGCAAAAAAAUAAAUAAAGACAAAAACCAAAAUCAAAAAAACUGACCCAGAAACAAGCGAAGCCCUCACUCCUUUUUAUGCCAAACUGUCAAAGCGCAGUUACGCUCGCAACACUCCAGAAUACCGAUGCAACGUCCUUUCGUUUUAGAGAGAACCGCUUUUGUGUACGUGAAAGGUAUACCAGUGUGAGGGAUUCCCACGGUUUAUCUGAUGAUGUUAACCAGUCACCUGGGAAGACCGCACCCUGUGGAUCCUAACGGACGGACACUUGUCCAUGUGAGCGCGUCGCCCUCUCGCCCGGGAAGCCUCUGAGAUGUUUUGUUCAGAAGUGUUUGCUGGUCGUGCCGGUGUGAAGAUGCGCUGGGAAACGUGUGCAUUUUGGAAACCCUUCUCCGAGUCAUCUUUCCCACAGACACGGUUUUUUGCGUUGGGGCCGAAAGGAAGCGUCAGGAAGGACUUUUUCGGAAUUACCUCAAAAUGUGCUCAAGUAAGAAACAGAGGAACAUUGGAAAACAAGAAGAAAAAGUGUUAUUCCUGGCAUUUAUAUGAAUUUAUACUUUUUUUUUUUUCUUAUUGGGAAGAAGUGCGAGCUGUAAAAAUGAUGCGGGGAGGCUAAAAUGAACAAAGGAUCCCUGAGACAGCACCAAGACAGUCUUCAGGAGUUCCUCUUCUUUUUAAAUUUUGGGUUUGGUCCUCUUUCCCUUUUCUGGAUCUGGUGAACAGGAUGGUCUAAUUUUUAUAUUCCUGGAUUGGGAAACGGCUCACUUUUGAAGAUUAACAAACCUUAAACUGCUUUUUUUAUCUGCUGCAAAAACUCAUCUGAUUGGACAGUAUCUUGCUCCUGCCAGAAUUAAAAUCAUUAUCCAUUUCAUGGAAUCUGUUUUUGUUUCAUUAACAGACCUGAGAAUGAAAUUUUUUUGCAGUUCAUCUUCAUCCAAAGCAUGACAUAACUGAAGAAUUUUUCUUGUCUUAGUUCAGGCUCUGUCCAUUAAAGCUGGAGCCAAUGCCAAGUUUUCACUGAAGCAACCACUGUGGGCGAUCACCAAACUGUGCUUUUAAAUUGAAUUUUCAUUUUUUCUUCAUUUGUUAGUAUUUUUUUUUUCCUUCUAGGUUGAGCAUGGAUGAGCUUAGCUGCGGCACAAAGUGUCACCACCAAUUUUCUUUUUAAAACCAUUUAGGUUUAUGCCAACUGCUUUUUCUCAGCCAUUCCAGACUUUGGUGAUUGCAGUUUUGUUUUAUUUAAUUUUUAUUUAACCAGGAAAUCCCCAUAAAAUAUAGAAUCUCUGUUACACAUGAGACUUGGUCAAGAGUGCAGCACAAUAAAUAGAUGCCAAAAUGAUACGCUAACACAGCAGUGACGCAAAGGAGAGAAACGGUAGUGGUAGGGUGCUGCUGUAAUUUCAGCCUGUGGUCUGUGAUCUCUAAGCUUGGCCACUGCGACCAGCUAAAGGUAAUCACUUCUGCCAACUGCAGACCUCGCAGUGAUACCCCAGCUUUUUAUUAUUCUUCUAUUUUUGUAUUUGUUUUUUUUAACAUCAGCUGUGAUUCAAAGAAGCAUCCUUGAAGCUUUAAGGACAUCGCUGUGGUCCACUCCACACAGACUAGCUGGAGUUUUGUUAAGUGUAUGGAAAUUAAAGGGGAUUUUUGUGGGAUUUUGUUUGUGGGUUAACCGAUACGCCAGGUCUUUCUUACCGUAUCAAAUCAGAGGCGGUGUACCAUGUACCGCUGGUGAAGUCGUUUGUAAUUCACCAUAUGCGAGUUGUACAGUGUACAACACACACAUGGUCUAGAUUUCUUUACACAGUAUGCAUAAAGCAUACCUUUCUUUCUGCAGUGUCAUACCAAAUUACAUUUUUUUUUUGUUUUUUCUUUCUUUAAUUUUCUCAUUUUAGAUUUUCCAGUUUUAAAAGGUUAAAAGUUACCAAAGAAACACAAGGUAAACCAAAAGCCUUUGGUUCUGUCCAAUUUUCUCUAAAAGUGGAAAACUGUUAAAAUGAUCACAUUUUUUGUUGCUGUUUUGUUAUUGUUUUUAUAUAUAUACUGUAUUAUGAUUUACUUUUCCAUUGCAUACAGUAUAGAUCAUUCCAAAGUAUAUAAAAUGCAGAAGAGAAUAUUUAUGGUUGCCAAAAUACUGGUUGCUUAGAUUGAGAGUAAUGCAAAACAAGCAGGGUAACAGGGCCAAGCAGGUAGUCAGUAUUAAAACCUUCAGCUCCUGAAAAUGACAGAAAGCACUUAAAUCUAGGCGUGACAUCUGAGGUCUACAGCCUUGUCCUCCAAAAUAGGUUUUUUUAUUUUUAUUUUAUUUUAUUUUAUUUUUUACCCUUUCAAAGCACUUGAGAACAUGACAGAAAAACUUCUGCGCAGAAAACUAGAAUGAUUGGCUGAAAUGAGUCGCUGAAAGCGUUUGAGAGCUCCGCCCAAUUUCACGAACCCUCAUUCUCCCAUCAGUGACCGCAGAUGUCUGGUGACGGGGAGGUUUUUACUUUGAAUGUCUAUCUAAGAUUCACCUUAAGGAAUCAUCUUAUAAUAAUUCAGUGCUAAAAAGAUAAUCAAUGUUUUGUACUUCUGUGAGUUUAAAGCAGAUUGUUUCUUACUACAUGACGAAACUGAGAAAUGGUGAGAUGUUAAUCGUAGGCCUAAAUGUCAUAGCUUUAGAACUUUGGAUAGCCAAAAUAUGCUGGAAAUGGAUGACGACCUAAACAUCGACAUAAAUCUUGGCAAACAGUUCAGAGAAAAAUAAGAACUUCAAGUUUCAAGUCAUAAUACAUAACCAUAAUACAACUCACUUUUGCAUUAGGCCUGUAGUGAGCCAGAUGCUCUCACACCACUUGAAUCUCAGAUCAUUUCUAUGCUCACAAUAAACACACACUGCAAAAUAGACUACCUCUGAAUAUGACCAAGCGCUGUAAAAAAAAAAACGUGAAACACUUGUGCGCAACAUAUUUUUUAAAAACAUACAGUGCAGUCCGUAAAGUGACACAGUUUAUAUUGUUUUGGCUCUGACCGGUCAAUAGAUAUGAAACUGUCAAUAUGUGGUUAAAGUGCAGUCUGUCAUCUUUAAUUUGAGGGUGUUUACAUCCAUAUCGGGUGAACCUUGUAGGAAUUCAGCCCCUUUUAUAAAUAAUUAUCCCAUUUUAGGGGGCCGCAAGUAAUUGGACAAGUGGCUGCUUAGCUGGAUCUUGACCAGCUAUGUGUCAUUGCAUCACUCUGUGCAUAAGAAAGCUAACAAAUGUCUCGAGUUGAUUCCAAGUGUGGCGUUUGCAUUUGGAGUUUCUUACCGUUGUCUCUCAACCUGAGGAACAAAAGUGUCAAUUCCAAUAAAGCAGGCCAUCUGCGGUUGGAAAAUCUGAAUAAAUAAAAAGAUUGGUUGUGUCAAAAUCAAUGGUCUGAUACAAUGUUAUAAAUCAAGCAAGUCCUGGUGAGCUCAGUAAAAGCAAAUGACCUGGUAGACCAUGGAAGACCACUGUAAUGAAUGACUAAAGAAUACUUUCAGUCGUGAAGGAAAACCCCCUUUUCAGUUGUUGAACAUAUCAAAAACACUCCAGGAUGUAGGCGUAGAUGUGUCAAAGACUACCAUACAGAGAAGACUACUCCAGCAUAACCACAGAGGGUUCACCACAAGAUACAAACCACUUGUAAGCCUCAAGAACAAUUAGGGUAGAGUUUGCUAAAAAAAAAUGCAUAGAUAAAACUGGAGCAUAGUUCUGGAACAAAGUCCAGUGGACACAUCAGUUCAGUAUUAACCUGUAUCAAAGUGAUGGAAAGAGGAAAGUGUGGAGAAAGAAAAGAACUGCUCAAGAUCCAAAGCACAUACCAAAGUGUAUAGAAACUAAAGCUCACACACACCAAAUGCCUCAUUGGACAGUGCUUCACCUUGCAGCAAGACAGUGACCCCAGACAUACUGCUAAGGAAACCAAGGAGUUUUACAGGGACAAUUGAAUGUUCUUGAUGGGCCAAGUCAAUCACCCAAAUCCAUUUGAACCUGUGUUUCACUUGUUGAAGACAAGACCGAAGGCAAAAAGCGCCUGAAACAGAAAGGAACUGAAGAUGGGUACAGUACAGGCCUGGCAAAGCAUCACCAUAGAAGAUAUGCAAAAUCUUGUGAUGUCUACGUUGGGCAGUCAUUGAAUGCAAAGGAUUUGCAACCAAGUACUUAAUAUGACAACUUUAUUUAAGAUUAUUUUAAUUUGUCCUAUGCCUUUUUGUUCCCAUAAAAUGGUGGGACUGUAUAGAAGUGAUGCAAUACCUACAUGGUUCGCCCAAUGUAAAUACCCACAAAUUAAAGUUGUCAGUGUGCACAUAAACUUCACAUUGUUUAAUUUCAAAUCCUAUUUCCUGGAGUACAGUACCCAAAACAACAAGGACUGUGUCACUGUGUAAAUACGGGCUGUACUGUAUUUGCAGGAUACUGCCUGCCCUCUGGCUUUUGGCAUAAAGCCCUCUCUGCAGGGUAAAUAGUGCCAAUUUGAGACAAGUAAAGAAAGUAGAAGACUGGGAAUUCCUCAGAACAGAAUUAAAGGUCGCGGACAGUCGUCAUGGUGUCCGGGAUUGCAGUGGACAAACAGUCGUUUGGUGGCCUGUCAUACUGUCUCGGUGACUACGGGGGGCGUUGUAUCAGGACGUUGGGUGGUGAUGUACAGUUCCCUCGUCCGGCUCUUUGACUCUCCCCAAACUUACCACCACACUAUUAAUGGAAAAAUAGGUAAGAUAGUCAGUUUAUUAUUUUAUUUUUUAUGGCGUUGCAAACGAAAAUGCGCUGAAUGUAACUAUCGACUCAACGAAUAAUGUUUGCUUUUUAAAUCCGUACAAUACUGGACAAAUGCUUUAAUGACCAUCUCACACCUCGAGGUAUUGAAGUGUAAGUAAGAAGAUUUUUUGUUGGGGUGAUAUUAGCUUUGGAUAAGUGGUAUAGUCGUUUGGUGGUUCACGGAUCGCUUUUUGAUCUGAUGGAACAUGGUCAAGUUCAACUUCAGAAAGGUUGACUGUCUGCGUGAGACAGGGUUGCCAGGUCUAGAAAAAAGAGGGGGAUGGAGGGUUUCAUUGCUAAAUGAUAUCCCACAGAAAAACCGCGACCUGUACACGUAGCAUACUUCUCCGACCCGCAGCUAGUAGCCCAAUCUGGCGUGUGAACCGCGAACCUGGCGACCCUGGCAUGAGAGGAACUUCUGCAUCUGCUGGCCUUGCGCAGGUGAACAACGCAAGUAGCUUAAUUAGAGUCACUCCGUUUCCACAGCAACCUUCAAUCGCGUUGCAGGCCGCAACUGUUGACAAAGUUGUUUAGAUGUUAACUGACAUCUUUUGAUUGUUUAACUAGAUCAUUAUUAUUUUAGGAAUCAACUCCUUCUUUUCAUUUCUUUGAUGUAUGUUAGCGCUUGGUCUGACUCUAAAAACUUUCAUUUUAAAAGAGUUUUUUUUUGUUUUUUUUUCAUGGGCCUUUAGAUAUUGUAUACUUUGAACUCUGUUUUCCUACACCUUAUUACCUAAGCAUAAGUGUAUGUAUGUACCAUAACGUGCUACAGGUUACAUAUUGUCUUGUUUGUUUGUUUCAUAACACGUCUGGGACGAUGAGGACAUUUUUUAAGUGUAUUACCUUAAAAAAUAUAAAUAAAAGUUCCUUGAUCUUUGAUUUAGCUAACAUGCCUGCUUGUAUACUUACCUUGCAGUAGCUAGGUCUAUUUUGAUAUGUUUUUUUUUACUCUCUACUGAAUGUAUGAAUUUAAAGUAAAUAAAAAAGAUGAAAUUGAGCAUU